CUGUAUCUUCUUCCUUACGAUUUCGUCAACGAAAUUUCCGAGCCCUGUUUUUAGGCCAGACCAAAGAGAGAGUACCAGCUAGCCAGACAAAAGGGUAAAAGGAAAAGAAAGGAAAAUGAAAAUGUUUUGACUCAUUCAAACGAAUCCAUCAAAGCCCGAAAAAAGAAGAAUAACAAAGUUGAACUCUCAAGUGAAAUGGGUGCCUCUGUUGAUGCCUUGUGGGCUAUCAACUCAUGCUUUUCUUUUUGGAAAAACAAAAGAUUUUUGCGCUCAGUGAAACAACAUGAAGAAGAAGAGUAGGGUCGCCAGAGUGAAGAAAGGUAAAUUUAAGAGGGGGUUUGGAAAGAUUUUGAAGUGUCUCUGCUCAGGAGACCAAGUAAGAGCAGCAGAUAAAAUGGUGCCUACGUUUGAAUCCCUUACGAUUGAGGAUUAUGGAAAUGAGAUUAUUUCGAGAGCUCGCGAAAUCGCUAAGCAACCGGACACUGGUAAUAUAGAAGAAGCUGAAUUAUCUCUUCGUGAGAGUGGUAGCUUGAACUACGAGGAAGCAAGAGCAUUGCUGGGAAGAUAUGAAUAUCAGAAAGGAAAUGUUGAAGCUGCUCUACAUGUAUUUGAAGGAAUAGAUACAUCAACAGUGGCUCCCAAGAUUAAAUCCACACUUUCUAGAAGAGGAGGGGAACGUCGUAGAAGCAGCUUUCAAAAUAUUGAAACCUCAUCGAUGUCGAUACAUGCUGUUAGUUUACUUUUGGAAGCAAUCUUUCUCAAAUCAAAAUCAUUGCAGGCGCUUGGGAGGUUUAAAGAAGCUGCUCAAUCUAGCAAAUUUAUUGUGGACAUAGUUGAAUCUUCAUUACCAGAAGGGUUGCCUGAAAACUUUGGUGCUGAAUGUAAAUUGCAGGAGACUCUUACCAAGGCUGUUGAGCUGCUUCCUGAACUAUGGAAGCUUGCUGAUUGUCCAGUUGAAGCAAUCUUGUCAUACCGACAGGCUUUACUCCAUCCUUGGAACCUUGACAGUGAAACCACUGCUAGGAUUCAGAAAGAGUUCGCCAUUUUUCUUCUCUACAGUGGAGGUGAAGCAUGCCCUCCUAACCUCCGAUUCCAAAUGGAUGGUUCAUUUGUACCCAAAAACAAUUUAGAAGAAGCUAUACUUUUGCUGAUGAUUCUGCUUAGAAAAGUUUCUCUAAAGAGAAUUGGAUGGGAUCCGUCAAUCUUAGAUCACCUUUCGUUUGCUCUAUCUAUUUCUGGGGAUACCAGAUCUCUGGCUCAUCAAGUAGAAGAACUACUUCCAGGGAUAAUUAGUCGAAAUGAACGGUAUUACAUUCUUGCUCUUUGUUAUUAUGGAGCGGGUGAUUGCUUGGUUGCUUUGGAUCUACUGAAGAAAUUGUUUAGUAGUGGAGACAAUCUCAACCAUACUCCAGCUUUACUUAUGGCCUCAAAGAUAUGCGGGGAAGUCCAAAAUUUUGAACAAGAGGGAGUGGAUUUUGCUCGCAGAGCCCUGGAAUUUUUGGAUGGUACAUGUGAUCAGCUGGAAAGCACUGCCAAUUAUCUCUUGGGAGUUUCUCUUUCAUUACAGGCUAAAUUAGCUGUUACCGAUUCUGAGAGGGUAUCAAGACAAUCUGAAGCACUUCUAGUUUUGGAAACUGCUGGGAAAUUGACAAGAAUGGAAGAUCCUGUAAUCCUUUACCAACUUAGCCUUGGAAAUGCCGAGCAGAGGAAAUUAAAUGAUGCGCUUUAUUAUGCAAAAAACAUGAUUAAACUAGAAGGUGGAUCUAAUUUAAAAGGUUGGCUUUUGUUAGCUCGAGUAUUGUCAGCUCAAAGAAGGUUUGUGGAUGCUGAAGCAAUCAUAGAUACUGCAUUGGAGCAGACAGGGAAAUGGGAUCAAGGAGAACUGUUGCGAACAAAAGCUAAACUUCACACUGCACAGGGUCAGAUGAGAAGCGCCAUUGAGACGUAUACUCAACUUCUUGCGAUUCUUCAAGUUCAGAAGAAAAGCAUUGGUUCUGAAAUGAAGUUAUACAAGAGUGGUAGAAGAUCAGUUAGAAGUUUGGAAUUAGAAAUAUGGCAUGACCUGGCUUAUAUGUAUAUAAGGUUGUCACAAUGGCGUGAUGCUGAAAUAUGUCUUUCUAAAUCCAAGUCCAUCUGUUCUUACUCUGCCACUAGAUGGCAUGCCACAGGUGUGCUUUACGAAGCCAAAGGCCAAUACAAAGAAGCUUUAAAAGCUUUCUUAGUUGCUUUGGAUACUGAUCCCACACAUGUUCCAAGCUUGAUCUCCACAGCUGAGAUUCUCAGGCAGCUAGGUGAUGAAUCGCUGGCUGUUGUCCGAAGCUUCCUGACCGAGGCUUUACGGCUUGACAGAAUGAACCAUUCUGCGUGGUACAAUCUCGGUCUGUUCUAUAAAGCCAAGGGUAAUGCUUCAUCGCCAUUAGAAGCUGCAGAAUGUUUUGAGGCUGCAACUUGUCUUGAAGAAACUGCACCUGUUGAACCUUUCAGAUGACUACUCAUCUUUACUUGACCAAACUUUCUGUUGUAAAUCUCAGAUGACUGUCUAUUCUCAUAUCAUGAUAGGUUUGGAAAAUAAUAAAGUUUUUUUCUCCUUUUUCUUUUUAAAGCAAA